CAUCUGAACACAGAGAUGCCCGUCGACAGAACAAUGACAUCGCCCGUCUUACUUGCUUAGCAUCUGCUGCACUGCUGUAUAAAAAUAUCAACUACUCCCAACAAAGUUGCUCCAGGCCGGUGUGCAAGGAAGUCGUAGAAACUAGACCCUCGUCUUCGCAGCAGAGCAGACUCCAGAGGGUAGAGCCAUGGCAGACAGCUCCGAUCAAGUUCCUCCCGCUGCAAGAAAGCUGGACGGCAAGGUAGCGCUGAUCACCGGCGGCGCCAGCGGCAUCGGGGAGUGCACGGCGCGGCUCUUCGUGAAGCACGGCGCGCGCGUCGUUGUGGCGGACAUCCAGGACGAGCCUGGCUCCCGCCUCUGCGCCGAGCUGGGAGCCGACGCCGCCAGCUACGUGCACUGCGACGUCACCGUCGAGGACGACGUCGCGGCGGCCGUGGACCAUGCCGUGGCCCGGUUCGGUGCGCUGGACAUCAUGUUCAACAACGCCGGCAUCGGCGGAGCGGCGUGCCACAACAUCCGAGAGAACACCAAGGAGGACUUCGAGCGCGUGCUGUCCGUCAACCUCGUCGGCCCGUUCCUGGGCACCAAGCACGCGGCGCGGGUCAUGGUGCCCGCCGGCCGCGGUGGCUGCAUCAUCGGCACGUCCAGCCUGGCAUCCGCGGUGGCCGGCGCCGCGUCGCACGCGUACACGUGCGCCAAGCGCGCGCUCGUGGCGCUCACGGAGAACGCCGCGGCGGAGCUGGGGCGCCAUGGGAUCCGGGUCAACUGCGUCUCACCCGCCGCGGCCGCCACACCCCUCGCCACGGGGUAUGUGGGACUGGAGGGGGAAUCGUUCGAGCAAGCCAUGGAGGCCGUUGCCAACCUCAAGGGUGUGCGCCUGCGGGUGGCGGACAUUUCAGCCGCCGUGCUCUACCUCGCCAGCGACGACGCACGGUACAUUAGCGGACACAACCUGCUCCUCGACGGGGGUUUCUCCAUCGUCAACCCGUCCUUUGGGAUCUUCAAAGACUGAGCUCGAGCGGUGGACAGAGUCACAGAUAUCUCUGUGAUUGCUUGGCAGUGUGUGUUUGCUCUGUGAUUGAUCGGCAGAGAUCUGCUCCAGUUCCAUGCUUUCGUACAGAGCUAUUGAUUGUGACGGCCUCAAUUUUAGUUUUUAUUCGGACUAUGGUUAUUACGUACUACCUCACUCGCUCCGUUCACAAAUGUAUAACACCGUAAUUAUUUUUCGAGAACUC